AUGUCACCAACAGCCCAUUCUGCUUCAGACCAAAAGACAACCGGUCUCGCAAGAGUCCUUGGUUCGGCGACUGCGGGGAUUGCAGAGAUUAGUGUGUUUCAUCCAGUCGAUACGAUUUCCAAAAGGUUAAUGUCUAAUCAUACUAGAGUAACCUCGGCCCAUCAAUUAAAUCAAGUGAUUUUCAAAAAUGCGGCAAUGGAACCCUUUUUCAAAAGGGUGUUUACUUUAUUUCCUGGUUUGGGAUAUGCGGCAUGUUACAAGAUUUUACAAAGAGUUUACAAAUAUGGUGGUCAGCCAUUUGCUAAUGAGUUUUUGGUCAAGAAUUUUAGAGAUGAGUUUGACUCUUUAUUUGGCCCCAAAAACGGUAAGGCCUUAAUGAGUGCCACUGCUGGAUCGCUUAUUGGGAUUGGUGAAGUUGUUUUAUUACCUUUGGAUGUAUUAAAGAUCAAGAGACAAACAAAUCCUGAGUCAUUUAAAGGUCGGGGAUUUCUCAAAAUUAUUACUGAUGAAGGGUUUGGUUUAUAUAGAGGUUGGGGCUGGACAAUGGCGAGAAACGCACCGGGGUCAUUUGCAUUAUUUGGUGCUAACUCCUUUGCCAAGGAGUACAUUUUUGGCUUAAAGGAUUAUACACAGGCAACAUGGACCCAGAAUUUCGUUACUUCGAUAUUUGGCGCUAGUGCGUCAUUAAUAGUAAGCGCUCCAUUAGAUGUCAUCAAGACAAGAAUCCAAAACAGGAACUUUGAUAACCCGCAAUCGGGAUUUACUAUAUUGAAAAACAUGUUCAAAAAUGAAGGUAUCACUUCUUUCUUUAAAGGGUUGGUACCUAAACUAUUAACCACUGGACCUAAAUUGGUGUUUUCAUUUGCAAUGGCCCAAUCAUUAAUCCCAGCUUUUGAUAAGUUGAUGAAGAAAUAA